AUGUGCUUCUGGAAAAUUGGCUCAACGGUUCCAAGUUAUCCAUGUAUUCUUUGUAUCAUAAACUCUAUAGUUUCCCCGCCAAAAAAGAAACCGAUUCCACUUCUGAGACUUCCAACUAUUCCAUUGAGACUUAUAACAAAAAUGAUGAAUGCAGAGGAGAUACUAAACCUGUCAAUGUGCUCUUAUCGAUUGGAACUCUUUCUGAGAGCAUCCAAACAUAAGAUGAACUUUUUCAGUGUUCAUGUCAGUCAUCAACACAUGACAUAUCGAUUGAAAACACCCGACACUUUGGAAAUGAGUUUCAAGAUAGGAGUAGGGAAUAAAGAAGUGAAUUUGGUAAACAAGAUGGGAAUGUUGUGUGAGAGGUAA